CAACCAUUAAGCAUUUAGACCUUGGUUGUGUGCUGUUUACGCUUCACCUCUUGGACACCAUUCCCAGCGACUCUCGAGGGAUUCCCCAAUGCGGCUUGGUGACUCAGAAUUGAGAAGCACGGACCAAUCAUAGUUACCCUGACGCUUUAAAUACGGCCUGCCCCCAGCACCUCUGUCACAUGCUUUUCUCUCGACUGUGCGCUUUUUUUCAUUCCUUACCCUUAACCACUUCUCGGUAAACAAUCAUGGAUCGAGGCCUCUCAACAGGCACUCAUAUCGGGGAUGAUGGACUUCGCGAGAGGUUUCAGGCCUCUCAGUCCGACUCAUCCCUGGGCGCUGGUGCACUCACUGCUGCCGGUGAGGUCGAAGCCAAGGAUGGUACAAGCCAGAAUAAGAAAACUUUUGGCAGGACCCCUGAUGGUACAGUGUUCACGGUGCCCCAAACCCACGACAUGGUCUCUCAACUCCUGUCGCCUUCGGAACCUAAGAAUUUGUCCGAUGUGAUAGUUCUGGCUAUACUGGGUGCACACAUCCUUCUAUUGUGGUGGCUCCCGGACUUUGCCAAAAUACCUGUGUUUGCGGUCAUCUACCUCUUCUGGCGUGCAGCUUACAAUGCCGGAAUAGGAUGGCUUUUGCAUAACCAGUCCCACCACAAGACCCUUGUGCGCUGGGCAGAAAAAACAAAGAUCUUUGUGAACCCCUCUACUAACCAGAAUCCGCACCCUAACGUGUAUAACUUGCUCAAGCGGGAAUUGGAGACUAAGAUCCCUACAGACUAUUCCUUUGAAGAAGCUCCGAUUGAGUACAACACUUGGCUUGUCUUUAGACGCUUGGUGGACUUGAUCUUGAUGUGCGACUUCACGUCAUAUUGUCUCUUUGCUAUAGCAUGUAGCCACCAUCCUGUGGGUGAGAGCAUGUUGAUGACAGUCUCGCGUUGGUCGGCCGGCAUUGUGCUCGUCCUGUUCAACCUUUGGGUCAAACUAGACGCACACCGCGUGGUUAAAGACUAUGCUUGGUACUGGGGAGACUUCUUCUACCUCAUCGACCAAGAGUUGACGUUCGAUGGCGUCUUCGAAAUGGCCCCUCACCCCAUGUAUUCGGUCGGAUACGCCGGGUACUACGGUAUCUCAUUGAUGGCGGCCAGCUACAAAGUACUUUUCAUCUCCAUAAUCGCCCAUGCAGCUCAAUUCGCCUUUUUGGUGUUUGUCGAAAACCCGCACAUCGACAAGACGUACAACCCUCCUCCACCGCGGAAGCGUAUGACCGAACAAGACUCUGUAUCUACAUCAUCUCAGGCCACUGAGCCUUCCGUUGCCUCAGCGUCAACCGAUGAGCCACUGCCCCAAGCGACAACAUCCCCAAGCGGCCCACCUCCUUCAGUUCACAAUCUCCUGGGUUUCAACAACUUGGAUCUGUAUCGGAUAACGGAUACAUCAUCAAUCCUGAUCCAGCUACUCGUAUUUGCACUGACCGUUCUGACGCCCUCAACGCCCCGAUACCAAUUUCUCUUCGUGGCCAAUGCCGCGGUAUGGAGACUGGUGUUUUCGGUGGGCAUCGGAUACCUUUUGACCGAGCAAUCCGACUGUAAAGCGUGGACCCGUCAUUUUCUUAAGUAUGGUGAAUCACCUAAUGAGGCCUGGAACCAGUGGAAAGGCACUUAUCAUCUGAGUAUGAUUAUGUGCUAUGCUAGUUUCAUUGCUGCCGUAUGGAAAAUGUACACGCUGCCCGCUGACUGGGGCUACGGUCUGGUCUUGCUCCGUCAUGUUCUGGGCGCCGGGCUCAUUAGCUUGCAAAUCUGGACCUCUGCCAGCAUCUACGAGUCUCUCGGGGAGUUUGGCUGGUUCUAUGGGGACUUUUUCUUCGAAGGGGCCCAUAAGUUAACGUAUAACGGUAUUUAUCGCUUCCUGAACAAUCCUGAACGGGUGCUCGGUCUGGCCGGCGUCUGGGGCGCUGUCUUGAUCACAAGUAGUGGCGCGAUUACAUUCCUGGCCCUCUUGAGCCACAUUCUAAGUAUGGCUUUCAUCCAAUUCGUGGAGCGCCCGCACAUGCAGAAGCUGUAUGGCCGAAGCCUGCGACAGGAUGCGGGGCUGGUCAAGAGCCUGAAGCGGACCCUGCCCCCCACUCUUCGUCAGCUUCAUGGAAGCGUGGACAAGAUCUUCGAUGAUUCCUUCGAGUUUAUCGAGGAUCUGAUCGACACCGCUCGCCCUAAACUAGCUGCCGGCGUCAAUACUUUCGUCAAGGACACUACUGCGCUAUUCCAGACAUAUCCCGCACGUGUGACCAUCUCCCGCAUUGAUGAGGACCUCGCUGGCUUGGACUCCCGGGACUAUGCCCUGGAAGUCGAAGGCACGGAUUCAUCCUCUCUCGAGGAGUGCGAUAAGAGUACUGGUAGAGAAGGUGCCAAUGCUCGCGUGCCCCUCGACAGACGAGGCGACUUGAAGAACCUGGUCUUCGAAUACGGCUCCCCGAUCAAAGUCAAAUGGACCGCUCCUCUGAAUCACGGCAAGAAGGACUGGAUCAGCUUGUACCGAGUCACGGACAAUACCUCGCGUGAAGUCUCUCGCGUCUCUUCUCAAGGAAGAUGGGUCGCCACAAACGAGGGUUUCUACGACAACCUCACCUGCGAGAAGGGCAUCGUAACUAGCGACAUUGUCACCCAAAACAGUGAGCAUCGCGACGUCGCCACCGGCGAAGUCAUCUUCUCAGGCGACAAACUCUUCUGGACUCAAGGUGUCUUCGAGUUCCGUUAUCACCACAAUGGCAAACACAAUGUCAUGGCGAUCUCUCGACCCUUCGAGAUCCGCAUCCGGCGCUUCGAUGAAGAGUCCUUCGAAGAUAACCAGGCGUCCGUUGAAAAGAGCCUCCUCCCUGUUGUCCGCAACUGCUUCGACCGAGACCCGGAAAUUGCUCCCGAAACUGUGGAAGAGCAGUUUGGUAGCCUUGUAGAGCGUGACGGCAAGUUCGCUAAGAGAGUCGUCUUUGCUGUACAUCAGAUGUUCGGUAUCGAAUUCGCCCCUGAAGUAGUCCGAGCUGAUGGGACUGUUCGGAACCUCGCGUGGAGGAUCUGUAAUGCGAAGCGGGUCUUGGCUCCUUAUAGCAUGACCAGAGAUGGUGCUACAACGCCCACUGAGGCGCAUGAGAAGGAUGAGGAGUGAGGAGAAUUAUUAGUGACUCGCGGGUUGAUGAAUAGUACGCUGUUGCGACCUUGCCUACUUAUUUAUCCCAAUUUCUCUGCUGCGGAUCGAGACUCCGUCGGCAGAUGUAUUACAGGAGUGUGAGACUAGUUGUGUAGUUGCAUGGGUGCUGCAGAAAGUCUGAGAUGGGAUUACAAAUGAUAAACAAGUGUAAAUAAAACUUCACCAUACACAUGG